AGCGCAUCCUCCGGCUUGGCCGAGCUGGGUCCGUCACUUCCUGCCCUAAGGAGCCGGCACGACUGAAGCCGAGAUUUUGGGCAGAAGGGGGGGCGGGGACGUUGCGUUGAGACUGCCACCAACAUGCCCUUUGAUUUCAGAAGGUUUGACAUCUACAGAAAGGUGCCAAAGGACCUUACCCAGCCAACCUUUACAGGAGCAAUUAUCUCUGUUUGCUGCUGUUUCUUCAUAUUGUUUCUAUUCCUAUCUGAGCUUACUGGAUUCAUAGCCACUGAAAUUGUGAAUGAACUCUAUGUGGAUGAUCCUGACAAAGACAGUGGGGGAAAAAUAGAAGUAAAUUUGAACAUCACCUUGCCAAGCCUGCACUGUGAAUUGAUUGGAUUAGAUAUUCAAGAUGAAAUGGGAAGACAUGAAGUUGGCCAUAUUGAUAACUCAAUGAAAAUUCCCCUGAAUAAUGGCGAUGGGUGCAGAUUUGAGGGUCAUUUCAGCAUCAACAAGGUUCCAGGAAAUUUUCAUGUAUCAACCCAUAGUGCCACUGCACAGCCUCAGAAUCCUGAUAUGACACAUGUCAUCCACAAACUCUCCUUUGGUGACAAGCUGCAGGUCCACAACAUUCAUGGAGCAUUCAAUGCACUGGAGGGAACAAAUAAACUCAGUUCAAAUCCUCUUGCUUCUCAUGAUUAUAUACUGAAGAUUGUUCCUACUGUGUAUGAAGACAUGAGCGGCAAACAGCGGUACUCAUACCAAUAUACUGUAGCCAAUAAGGAAUAUGUAGCAUAUAGCCACACAGGACGCAUUAUUCCAGCCAUUUGGUUUCGAUAUGAUUUGAGCCCUAUUACAGUGAAGUACACAGAAAGGCGACAACCUUUGUACAGAUUUAUCACAACGAUUUGUGCCAUCAUUGGUGGAACGUUUACUGUGGCUGGGAUUCUUGACUCCUGCAUUUUUACAGCCUCUGAAGCCUGGAAAAAGAUCCAACUAGGAAAGAUGCAGUAACAAAGCAAUCUUCAGCCUAACCUUGUGAAAAGCAUAGAAGAAAGAGCCCACAGCUAUCAAUUUUUCUUCAUAUCAUCUCAGUUGACAAAUGUCACACAAACCGCUGGAAACAUAAGGGUGCAGAAAUAAACCUCCCAAACAAUCAAUCAGAGUCUUUGAAAAUGAGCAUCAUUUGCAAGGGAAUGUGGUUUUAUAUGUACCAUUCUCAUUCAAUGUUUUGUGGGGGGUUUAUUGUCAUUUAUGUUUUACAAUUAGAUCUGACAGAUCUAAAAUCUCAAAAAGGCAACUUCGGGCAAGAUUUGUUAUGUAACUCAGAUUUUAUCCAAGAAUUAUAGAACUGAAUCAUACAGUACAAGUAGUCCUUGACUUAUAGCCAGUCGUUUAGCAACUGCUUGAAGUUACAACAAACCUACCUUAGGACUGCUUACGACCCAUAUUCAAAGUUCCAAUGAUAGGUCACCUGGAGUCACAUGGCUAAAUUUCGGGCAUUUACUGACAUGGCCACAUUUGCAGCCAUUUGUGGCAUCCACAGUCAUGUGACUGCAUUUAUGACGAUUUGGCCAAAACCUGAAAGUUACUUUCAAUUUUUGGCAAAACUGCAUUGAUAGUGAACCAUUGGUUUGCUUAAUGACCGUGACUUUCUCUUAAUGAUCGCAGUGGCUGCUUUAUGACCACAUCAUUUGUUUUAUGACUCACGAUUUACAAUCUUGAUGACCAAGCUCCAUUAUGAUAGUAAAUCGAAGACUACUGUACUGUUUUUACUGAAUAAUAAUAUUGAUUUCAUUUUUUU